UUGAAAUCCCAACUUCCAGGUGACGAGUUUUACAUUUCAAUUCUCAUUGUUACUUUUUUAUCAUAAUUUUUUUCAAUUAUUUUCUACUAUUUGUUUAAGUUAAUAGUGCAAAUUAAAUAUUCAAAAGUGUUUUGAUAAACUGGGAUUUCCAUUUUUGAAUUUGGUCUUUCCAAAACAAACUAUUUUGUAGCAGCCACUUGUGGAAAUUAACAGCUGUUACCCUAGUGGCAAUAUUGAUCAAUUUUGGAGCAAAUCUUGAGCAAGUCAAGGAGAAUACAGCGAAAUAUUAUAUCUAUAUAUACUGUGAUUUCAAGAUCUUGACUAAAAGAUACCUACUAGGGUACAAGGAUAUAAAAAAUAUAUUUGGAUUUAGCAGAUUGAAGUAGAAUUUUUUUGAUUAGAUUUAUCGAGGGUUAAUUCAUUAUAAAACAUGACAAUGAAUGUAAAUUCAGAGGCAGAGAUAAUAAAAUUUACGUGGAACAUUGAUUCUGUGAUUGGUGUUAAGUCAUGGGUUUGCUCGGAACAGUUCUAUUCAGCUGGUACAGCUCCAGUUAGUUUUGAUCUCGGGUUACGGCAGGCUGAUUCUACUCCUCAGAGAUUACUUUAUCUACGAGUACGAAAAAAUAACUUGAGACAAGUAAAGGAUAGUAUACAGAUUGAUCAAAUUCAUACACCACAAAAGUUUGAUAACCCACCAAAAAAAUUUGAUAAUCCACCACAAAACGUAAAAUUGUCUAAGUUCUAUUCUAGAGUAUUUAGUAACUCUUCUAUUCCAUCUAUUCCAUCUAUUCCGUCUUCUUCUAUUCAUGCUUCUAAUUUCAAUAACACAAAACCUUCAGUAACUCGUUUAUGCACAUUAGAAAGAAAUAGAUGGAAAGAGUCUUUAAUUCUUAAUAUUAGAGAAUAUACAAAUGAAUCGUCCAAAGUAUUGCCUGAUGAUAAAUGUAAUUCUUAUUUAAAGAUGACGAUUGAAUGUAAAAUCAUUUUACAAGGUUUUAUUAGUGAACAGCCUGAAAAAAUUAUGCCAAUCAAUUUUCAUAAAUUUCUAAACGCAGAUGUAUUCAACGACAUCACUCUAAUAGUUGAUGGUAAAGAAUUACCAGCACACAAAGUUAUUUUGUCGGUGCACAGUCCGUAUUUUAACGCGAUGCUAACCACCGACAUGAAAGAAGUCAAAGAAAAUCGUAUUACAAUUAAAAAUUUCUCACUUGAUAUUAUUACUGAGAUGCUAGAAUUUUUUUAUACCGGAAAAACAAAUGCAAUUAAAGACGUCGACGUUGCUUUGAAAAUGAUUGAGGUUGCAGCGAUGUAUCAAAUCAUCAACUUGAUAGAAAUUUGCGAGCGCACAUUAUUAAAAAACAUGAAUAUUGAUAAUGUUUUAUCUAUUACAAAUGUUGCUGAUGAUUUCAAUCUUACUCAACUACGUCAUAAAGGGAUUGAAUUUAUAUUUGAUAACAAAAAUUUAAUUGUUAAACUUCCUGAAUUUAAGGAUUUAUGUCAAAAUAAACCUUUGUUGAUGUUUGAAUUAAUGAAGUGUACUCUCUUAAAAUGAACCAGUGAAUAUAUUGGAGAAACAUGAUUGAGUUUUUUUUUUGUCAACAAAAUUAAUCUAAAAUGUUUGUACUGCGUUUUUUAAAAUAUUCUUCAACUGAUGUAUUAUUGUCUUGUAAUUUUUAAUAAAUUCA